ACUCGUGUUGCUUUCGGCGUCAUCUGGUGCUCCCCCAAGCGCAGAGGCAACAAGACAUCAUCUCGUUUAGGUCGCAGUGACAACGACCGAAGCUUUGUCCGUCAAACAGGCAAACAGAGACAGCCGCAGAGUUGGACGACGCUCUUUCCGAGAGGUCAAGAUGACACUGACGCCUUUUUUUGUUGCACGAAAUCAACCCAACGUAGGCAACAUUCUGCUUACGAGACUAUUUCAAGGUCAGGCCUCAAAAUUGCAUUAGACUCUCUUUCUCUCUCUUUCUCUCUCUCUCUCUUAUUACUUCUCUCCCUCGCCUCGGUGCGACUCAACUCGACAGCAGCCUGCACCGCCUCGCACCGGAUUCAAGCCCGCGACGUGAGCACUCGUUGCUAG